CCUGAAAUCACUGCAUAUUAAGGGAAAAUAUGAAUAAACUUAUGUCCUAGAUAAACAAAUUUUGAAUGAAAAAAUGGACCAUGGAAAGAAUACGCACAGCAAUGGUGUUGAUGCUGAGGAAGACACAGUUAUGAUAUACAGGAAUGAAGAGGAAGAGCCAGGGAGACGAGGAUUUCUAUAUUUGCUGACAUCAUUAGCUGCAAUUGGUGGCUUUUUGUUUGGCUAUGACACUGGAGUUGUCAGUGGGGCAAUGAUUUUAUUGAAAGAAGAAUUUGAUUUAGACAACACAUGGCAAGAAUUAAUUGUAGCAGUUGCAGUCGGUUUUGCAGCAAUUUUUGCCUUAAUUGGAAGUCCUUUAAAUAAUAUUUGGGGUAGAAAAGGCGUCAUACUUCUUUCAAGUGUAAUAUUUGCUCUGGGUUCUGUGCUAAUGGCAAUUGCAAAAGAUAAAGUUAUGCUGUUAGUUGGGCGUGCCACAGUUGGCGCUGCUAUUGGUCUAUCUUCAAUGACAAUCCCUAUGUAUAUUGCCGAGUCGUCACCUCCUGAAAUCAGAGGCAAACUAGUGACAAUUAAUGUACUAUUUAUAACUGGAGGACAAGUCAUUGCAAGCUGUGUCGAUGGUUUAUUUAGCAAUGACAAGGAGAAUGGUUGGAGAUUUAUGCUUGGACUGGCAGCUAUACCGGCAGCAAUUCAGUUUGUUGGAUUCUUAUUUUUGCCUGAAAGCCCAAGGUGGUUAAUUGAAAAAGGGAAAUUAAACAAGGCAGCCCAAAUACUCAAAAAGAUAUUAGGAAAUGGAUUGAAGGUGCAACACGAAAUGGAAGCUUUGAAACGAACAUAUGAAGAACAAAAAAGUGUACGAUUUUGUCGAUUAUUCACUGAAACCAGUGUGAGACGCGCUUUAUUUGUUGGAUGUGGUAUGCAAAUGUUUCAACAGCUAGUUGGAAUAAAUACUGUAAUGUAUUAUUCUGCAACGAUAAUCCAGAUGUCAGGAGUGAAGGAUGAUACAGUCGUGAUAUGGCUCGCGGCUGGUGUAGCCUCAAUGAACUUUUUUGGAACAGUCAUUGGAAUUUGGCUUGUAGAACGCUUGGGACGACGAACCCUUUCAUUACUUAGCAUGGCUGGUGUAUUAUUCGCCCUGUUAUUGUUAUCUCUUGCAUUUUUACUCCCAGCGAUUCAUACACCGUCUGUAACGUUAAAUUCAACUGCGAUAUCACAGGAUACAGAAGGCUGUUUCCUCCAUUCUACUUGUGAGUCAUGUAUGCUUGAUGACAAAUGUGGCUUCUGUUACAUGGAAUUUACUAAUAGUACUGGCGUCACUGAGUCUACUUGCACACCCUCUGCUGAUGAUCCUCGAUUUUCAUUGAUUGGACGAUGUGCAGAGGGCAAUAUAAGUACAGCUGGGAAAUAUGGACCCUAUUUUGCUCAAAAUUAUUGCCCUACCAAAUAUUCCUGGCUUGCUUUGAUAGGCAUGAUAUUUUAUCUCAUGUGUUUUGCACCUGGCAUGGGACCAAUGCCAUGGACUGUUAAUUCGGAAAUAUAUCCACAAUGGGCCCGAAGUGCUGGAAAUGCAAUGAGCACUGGCACUAAUUGGGUUUUCAAUGUUCUCAUUUCAUUAACAUUUCUACAUGUGUCACAAAUGCUGACUUAUCAAGGUGCAUUUUUGUUAUAUGCUGGAUUCGCUUUCCUGGGAUUUAUCUUUAUUUUUUUAUUUCUUCCUGAAACAAAAGGAAAGCCACUGGAAGAGAUAGAGGACCUUUUUUCUUCAAGGUGGAUUGUUUGUGGAUCCAAAUCCUCAGAGUCUUACAGAGUUAUUUUAAACGGCAAUGACACUUCAGAUAAUGAUGAUGGUGAAGACACUUUGUUUGUGAGGUAGUUAGUAAUCAUGUUUGGAAUCCAUAUUUUUAUUAUAACUAUGUAACCUGUGAGCACCAUGGUAUAUUAUAUCAUUAGAUAUAUGCUUUUUGAAGAUAUCAAUCAAUUCCUAAUCAUUGAUGGCAAAUUGACAAAUGAGAUAUUUAAUGAUAUUAUAUAAUAAAUAGAUUUCCAAGUUAUAUAUUUUCACUAUAUAUUUUGUUAAUAUCUGUUUAUAACUGUGAUUUAAUUACAAAAGGCACAUACAGUCAUUUUGAAUGAGUUGUAAAUUGUGUGAAAUAUGAGCUAUUUUUUGUGAAUGUCAUUUUUUUCAUAGAAACGAAGCACUAAUCUAGAAUCUACCCGUUAGUGUGAAACAUUUCAGGUCUACUGUAAGGAUUAGAACUAUUGUUAACUAUCCAACACGACUUCCUAAUGACUUCCCUUGACCUGAUAAUCAUCAAAUGGUGACACAUGUUCUUAUGCUUUAGCAUUGGUGUAUGUAAUUUUAUUUAGACACUUAGAGAAUUUAUUUUUAUUUGCAUUGCCCCAAUAUGAAGGAGCACUCCAUUCUGAUCUAUAAUCGCCUGCAUAUAUAUACUGCGAGGAAAUGAGCAAAAAAAGCUUGAUUCAUGACUAAUAUUAUUGAUUUUAGGCAAGUUUAACAGCAUGAAUAGACCAUAUUAUCCUUUUCAGUUGCAUAUUUUUGUUUCAUCAACGAAUAUAAUAAGAUUAAAAGGAAAAUUUAAUUGUUACGUUUGGGAAUAUUUUUCAAUUUAUCUGCGAGUCUGAUAUCUUCGAAGGGAUAAUCAGGAAAACAAUAAUUUUUUGAUUCAAUUUUAAAAAUUUUUCCCAUGAAGCCAAUCUAACUUCAAUUAAUCUGUGCGCUGAACAAAGACCAAUAAUGUGCACUAGUAGUAUUUUGUUUCCAGCUCAAAAGUUUUGAAAACUUGGUGACUAAUCAUGUUCUGACAUACAGUUAUGUUUUAGUAACAGAAUAUUAAAUUGAUAGUGCAAUGGUAACAAGAACAUGAUGUACGAAAUUGUGUAAUAUUAUGAUUAUAAAUGUUACGUGUCAAAAUUGCUCUGUGAUUGCAGAAUUAUUUCUUUUGCUAUAUCGGUGUCAUGGUAUGGUUGAUCAAUAUUUUGAUUUUGUCAUGUUUGGCACAUAACAAUUCAUUUUUUCAGCAGAUGUGUUAGAAUCAAUAUCAAACAAAACCACUUCCUCUUUUUAUAUUUCUAAUUCUAUAGAUUAGUCCUCAUUCCAUGACAAAUCACAAUGCAAUCCAGAUUUGUGGAGAAACCAUGAAAUUAUGGAUAUAAAUACAUUGUUGAUUAUUUUCACAUCAGAUUGCAAUGCACAAAGUAAAGACUUAGACUUUUUUAGAAUUGUAGUAGUGGAACUUGAUUUCCGUUCCAUUGAACCUUUUCUAUUUUUUUGUUUGCUAAUUGUAGUGAUCAUUUUGGUUUGUAAAAUUAUCAGAGAAAUUAAGUGCAAUAAAGACCUUACAUUGUUGUACAUUCUGCUACCUUCAAGUUACUUCCUUUAUCAUUAAGUCCUGGAUUCUUCAGGUGUGUCACCUAUUUUUUAAUUUAGUAAAUGGUGAAUAAAUACUAUCAACCAACAGUAGAGUAUAUUUAUUUUUCAGAUGUAAUUUGAAUUGCUACUCAACAAUGACUGUUAUGAGACCUUUCAGAAACGUAUAUUUAUACUAUAUGUGGCCUAACAUCUGUAUUUUCACAAUAGUCCCAACCCAAGUGCUCCUAUUGCAUGCCUUUCUUUUUAAUUUAGAUUAGUUUUUUCGUGCAAUGCCAAUAUGUAAAUAAAAUUUUCAUCUAUAUAUCGCCUAUCAGAAUAUUUUUUCGCAUUAUAUAUUAUGUUAUGUAUAUAUGAAGUCUAUCAUUUACUGCAACUAUUUUGACUGCCUCUUGGAACUACGUACAUACAUGAACAAUUUUAUAUGAAAUUGUUUUUAUUUCUAAAUUAUUUUGCUCAAUUUAUUACUGAAAGUUUAAUAUAGAAUAUAAUAAUGGUGUACAUAUUUCUGAAAUGCACUCAAGAUUCCCCAUUCCAAAAUACAAUUUUUGGUAAAUGAAAUACUUUUUUCCUGCAAGCACACCCAUUUGAUCGUACAUGACAUAGAUCGAACAAAUUUUACCAAUAUGUAGCUGUCAAAAAUUCGUUAAAGAUGUCCAAACUUCAAAAAUUCAUGAUCGUGUCCAAAAGGCCAAAACUAUUUUAUCAUAUCUUUAGACUUGUAUGGUGAAAUUAUGUUUGUGAACAAGGGUAUAUAUGAAUAAAAUGUAUUUGUUCGCCAUCUUGACUGCUUAUUUACUUUUCAAUAGUUAUUCUUUAUGACUUAUGUUCUGACUUUGUUCCUGUACUUUUUAG